AUGGGGGACGUGAGGCGCCCAGAGCAGCACGAGCCCCUCAGGCAGGGGCGGCCCGGCGGGCGCCGCGCUCAGCCCCGGGGCCGCUUCCGUCCCCGCCUCCCGCGGCGGCCGAGCCCGGCACUUUCGUUCCGGGGCCUGCGAGGGCCGCGCGGGAGCCGCGGCGGGCGGCGGCUAACCAUGUCUUUAAAUUCAUCUACACUUUUAAAUGAAGAAAAUGCUCAAGGACCAAAAAGAAGUAGUGAGUGUUUGGAAAGCCUUCUGCAGACUCCAUCAUCGUUUCAAGAUAAUCCACUUCAACGAUUACAGUUAGCAUCCCAGGAAGUACUGGAGAAGGCAAAAAAGAGUGGGAGAUCAAAAUGCCCCCGAUGCAAUAGUUCAAGGAUGUUUUAUUGUUAUACAUGCUUUGUCCCUGUUGAAACUGUUCCUACCACAGAAAUUCCAACUGUGAAGUUACCUUUGAAGAUUGACAUUAUUAAACACCCAAAUGAAACUGAUGGCAAAAGCACUGCUGUGCAUGCUAAGCUCCUGGCACCUGAUGAUGUUACAAUUUAUAAAUACCCUUGCAUUCCAGAAUAUGAAAAGAAGAGACAUGAAGUAGCACUUGUAUUUCCUGGCCCCAAUUCAGUUUCAGUAAAAGAUAUUGCUUUCCAUCUGCAAAAGUACACCAAGAAAGGUGUCUGUGCCAGUGACAAUGACUGUUCCAAAGAGCCACUUCUUAAACAAGCAAAAAUAGAACCUGAAGAAGAAAAAAAUCCAAAUGAAUCCAUCUCAAGCAGCAGGAGUGAAGGCACUAGACUGAAGAAAAUAAUAUUUAUUGACAGUACCUGGAAUCAAACUAACAAGAUAAUAACUGAUGAACGACUUCAAGGGUUGCUGCAAAUUGAGUUGAAGACAAGGAAAACUUGCUUUUGGCGUCAUCAGAAGGGAAAACCAGAUACAUACCUUUCCACAAUAGAAGCAAUUUAUUAUUUCCUUGUGGACUAUCAUCAGGAGAUUUUGAAAGAGAGCUACAAAGGACAAUAUGAUAAUCUGCUUUUUUUCUUUUCAUUUAUGUAUUCAUUGAUUAAAGAUGCCAAGUGUUGUGCAGGAAAAGAGUAAACUGUCUGUUGGUGCAUGACACUGCUUUUUUUUGUAAUUAUAGAACUGCACAAACAUAACUGGGAUUUUUUUUUGGAAGUAGAUUGUACUCUAAAUAAUGUCCAAAAGGGAGCUGCAGACCUCAUCCUGCACACUUGAGGUUGUAGAAGUGCUCAGAUAAGCAGUCUGAUGCUUUGAGAACAGUUACGUUUUGCUAAAUAUUGCUGUACUUCAACUUACAGACCUGAUGUGCUCACUGUGAUGAGCACAUUUCUGGAGAUGGGAGUGGAGGACUUGACCCCUCUUGCCAUAAGGAGUGUUCUCUCUUAACUGUAAGACAGAAGUAGUAUGCUGGCUUUUUAUUGUUACCAAUACUUAUGUCAGAUGUUUUCUUUGUGGUUUGCACAGCAAUACUGAUUUCACCUUCAUGGCGCAAAGGCUUACUGAAAUGAGCAGAUGGUGUUCAGUUGCCAGGGAGAGUGGCAGCAAUACAGAAUGAAAGAGCACAUUAACUGAAGAUGAAUUACAUACUUUCAAGAUUGAUUCUGGAAAAUUCUUCUAGUAAUAAAAAAGUAUUCUCUUUAAACACUGUUAUACAGUGUAUGAUCCCUGAAAUACCAUUCAUGUACUGUUAUGGUAGGAUUAUUCUCCACUUCUUGGGUAAUUUUAGACUUCUUCAAACAAAUUUAGUUAAGUGUUUAUUACUGUUAUAUAAUAUCAUUACUUGGGGGAGCACUAGCCUAACAAUGGCAUAUUGUUACUGUUAAUAUGUCACUGUGGCAUAUUGUGGGCACUGAAAAUAAAAGAUGGUGGUUCUGA